AUGUGGCAACACGAAAGGAGUGACAGCUCUGGGUUUGAAAGUGGACAAGCUGUCCUUGGUGGCGGAGUUUUUGUCCCUGGCCUCUCGAACAUACUGUACUGCUACGAGUCGAGGACAAGUACCAGCGGCAGCCGACUUAGUGCUGAAGGUAAUCAACUAGUAGAGAGACAACUUUCUGAAGACCUUCCUGCCCUCUCUGUGAGCAUACGGACUCAAGUUAUCCCUAGCUGCAAUGCAGGCUAUUAUAAUCUACAUGGGCGACGAACAUACCCCAGAAUUGUAUGA